CUCGAGUUACUUUCGUUUGAAUACUCAAAGUGAACGGACGGCAGUCUGGGGAGCAAAAUGAGAACUGGAACGUUUCUACUUGUUGCUGCUGCUGCGAUAAGCUUGGCCGGUGCGUCUAGCAUACCGGCUGCCGAUGAGCUUCCGCACGACCCACUCGAACACGACUCACUGCAUGGCAGACACUUCGAUGGCGGCGAACACAAUACGCAGUUCGACCACGAAGCCUUUCUGGGCGCCGAUGAAGCCAAAAAGUUCGAUGACCUCACACCGGAGGAGAGCAAGCGACGUCUUGGCUUGAUUGUGGACCGCAUCGAUGAAAACAAGGAUAAUUUUAUUGACAUGGCUGAACUUAAAGCCUGGAUCCAAUACACGCAGCGUCGCUACAUUGACGAGGAUGUGGAUCGGGUAUGGCGUCAACACAAUCCGAACAACGAGUCAGCUAUUGACUGGGAGGUAUAUCGUAAAACUGUCUAUGGUUUUAUGGAUGCGCUGGACAAGGAGGAGUUGGAAAAAGAGGAGAAUGGCAUCUCCUAUAAGAAAAUGUUGUCUCGCGAUCGUCGUCGCUGGGCUGUGGCCGAUAAGGAUCUAGACGAUAAGUUGACGCGCGAAGAGUUCACAGCAUUUUUGCAUCCCGAGGAACAUCCUAACAUGCGUGAUGUAGUACUGCAAGAGACCACCGAGGAUCUGGAUAAGGACAAGGAUGGCAAAAUCUCUGUGGAUGAAUACAUUGGCGAUAUGUACCGUCCGUCGGGGCCCAAUGAGGUUGAGCCCGAAUGGGUACUAAGCGAGCGCGAGUCAUUUUCCAAGCAUCGCGAUAUAGACGGCGAUGGUUAUCUAACUGAAACGGAAAUACGCCAAUGGAUUGUGCCCAAUGAUUAUGAUACGGCCGAAACAGAGGCUAAGCAUCUGAUCUUUGAGUCCGAUUCAGAUCAGGACCAGAAGCUGACCAAAGAGGAAGUGCUGGACAAGUACGACAUAUUCGUGGGCUCCCAGGCCACGGACUUUGGUGAGGCUCUGGCACGCCAUGACGAAUUCUAAGAUUGAGAUGCAGUCAAUCUCUCUAGCCAUUAAGAACAACUCGCAACUCAAAUGCCAAAUAAAUUGUAAUACAUAUAUAUAGAUAGUUAAGACACAACUUUACAUGUGCAUUAUACCAGACUUAACUUAAAAAAGAAUACAUAUUUGAAUAUACAA